ACGCAGGGCGGGGCGUGCGGGGGCGCGCGCUUGCGCAGGAGACGCGCGGAGGAACGAAGCCGAGCCCCGGAACCGCUGCCAGGUCUGCUCAGUCCACGCCGUCCGUCUCGCCGCCCGCCCAGCGUCCGCCGCCGCCAUGGGAGUGCAGGUGGAGACCAUCUCCCCAGGAGACGGGCGCACCUUCCCGAAGCGUGGCCAGACCUGCGUGGUGCACUACACCGGGAUGCUGGAAGAUGGAAAGAAAUUCGACUCCUCCCGGGACAGAAACAAGCCCUUUAAAUUUAUGCUAGGCAAACAGGAGGUGAUCCGAGGCUGGGAGGAAGGGGUGGCCCAGAUGAGUGUGGGUCAGAGAGCCAAACUGACUAUCUCCGCAGACUAUGCCUAUGGUGCCACUGGGCACCCGGGCAUCAUCCCACCACACGCCACUCUUGUCUUCGACGUGGAGCUUCUAAAAUUGGAAUGACAGGAGUGGCCUCCUCCCUUAGCUCCCUGUUCUUGAUCUGCUAUGGAGGGAUCCUGUGUCUCCAGAUGCGUGCACAUGAAUCCACAUGGAGCUUUUCCUGAUAUCCCACUACUCUUUGUAUAAACAUCUACCCCGACUGAAUGUGUUCUGUCACUCAGCUUUGCUUCUGACACCUCCAUUUCCUCUUCCCUUCCUCCUUGUAUGUGUGUUUACCGAAACUACAUGCCAUAAACCUCAAGUUACUCAUUUUGUUUCUGUGUUGGAUGAAGAUUCAGUUUCAGUCUUUUUGACCUAGUUUCCAAUUAAGUAUAUUGUCAAGUAUUAACAGCACAAGUGAUGGGUUAAACUUUAGAAUAGUAAUUGGUGUUGGGGUAUGGUUUGCAAGAAUCUUUUUAUUUUUUUGGAUGAAAUCUUUAUCUAUUAUAUAUUAAACAUUCUUGCUGCUGCGCUGCAAAGCCAUAGCAGAUUUGAGACGCUGUUGAGGGCUGAAUUAUUCUCCAUUGUGAGAGACGUCCUUGGGUUAAGUUAAAAGCCCUACCCAAAACGAAGUGGGGAGGGGGAGAACCUUAGCCUCUGCCAGCCCCAGCCACCUCCUCUGAAAUCUUUGCCUUUUGAAAGCAGGUCACUUUCACUGCGAUGUUGGACACUACAGGUAUCUGUCCCUGGGCCAGCAGGGACCUCUGCUGCCUUUUCAUGACCUGCCCCCGCCCCCCGAUCCUGUGGUUUUUUCUAGUGGAUUUUCAGGACUUUUGUAAUCUCGUAACUAUCCAAGUUCCACUUCCUAAAUUUUAAGAACUUCAAUUGAAAGUUUAAAUUGAAGGUGCUGUUCGUAGACUUAUGACCCAAUGAAAGCCCUGCCAUCAUGACAAAUCCUUGAAUGUUCUCUUAAGAUAAUGAUGCUGGUCAUCACAGCUUCAGCAUCCCCUGUUUUUGGGUUUUCUUUGUUUUUGUGGGGUUUUUUGUUCUGUUUUUUAUGCUUGGCUCUCUCUGCUGAUCUCAGAGUUCCCUGGCUUUUCUUCCCUCAGUCCCUUCUCACCCUUUGCUGUCCUGUGUAGUGAUUUGGUGAGAGAUCAUUGCUUUGUUCCCCACUCCACACACCCUCAGCAACACCCCUCCCCCAUACCACAUAUGAGUUUCAAGUUUUAUUAUUGCAAUAAAAGUGCUUUAUGCUGGCUUUUCUCA